UGGCGACGGGGAGGGCUUUCUCUCCCUUUCCCCCGGAGAGGCAGAGCGCGGGGAUCUUGCUGUCGCUCGGUUGGCUGCUGUUCGGUCCGCGCGGCCAGACGCCAGCAAUCUCCGAAAGGCGCGCGAGCGUGUUGCUCACCAGCCGCCCUCGGCGCCCGGGGAAGAGUCCGGCUUGCCUGUGUGAUGAUUCAGAAACCCUGACGCGGUUGGGGAAAAAGAAAGACCAAAUGGCAAAACAAUCUUCUGAUUUAAAUUCUGAAUGUGAGAGAGAAGGUGGACAAUUGCAGCCUGCUGAAAGGCCAGCUCAGCCUCAUCACCUUCGGCCUGGGGCCCCUACCUCCUUACAAACUGAAUAUCAAGGUAAUCAUUUGGGUGAACGGGACAGUUCAUCACCCGGUAGCCCUCAGGGACCACUGGCACCACCCUCCAGUCCCAGUCCAUUUGCUACCAGAUCCCCGUUGUUCAUGUUUGUAAGAAGAUCCCCACUGCUCUCCAGAUCCUCCAGUGGGUAUUUCUCUUUUGACAUCGACAGGAGUCCUGCACCUAUGAAUUGUGACAAAGCAACACAGACUCCAAGUCCUCCGUGUCAAGCUAUCAAUCAUUAUCUAAGUGCAAUGGGUAAGCAAGAGCAUGCUUCCAGAUGGCAGUCACGGCCAAUACCUGAGGAUAUGCAGCCAGAGAUAUGGAUUGCACAGGAAUUACGGCGCAUUGGAGAUGAAUUUAAUGCUUCCUACUGUCCAAGAAGGGUAACUUUCAACAUUUGGUUUAUUGGAUUACCAGGGAGUAAAUCAUCAGAUCAUAAUUUUGCGUCUUUUGCAUUAUAUCGUCCGCUUCAUAUGGAGAAUGCAGUGACUAGUGCUUCAAGAGGCCAUGAAGAUUGUUUACUUGGUUCUAACAACAAAGCCCAUGAACAAUCUCUCUGGAUGCAGCUAAUAGCCAUUCCUGACUUUGGGACAUCCAGCAAAUUAAAGGAGCAAGAGGACUCCAUGUUAGAGAAUUAACAAAUUGUGAUGGAUUUUUGGAAAUGGGUCAACAUUUUUAGAAACAAGAUUUCAUAUGACAGUAGAGCUGACACCAUUUUUUGUUGAUGAAACUUUUUUUUAAAAAAAACCUGCUUAUAUAAAGCUUUUAAGAAAAGUAAUUGAAUGGUGUUCACGUUAGGAAAUAUGUAGGCUGCUCCUCUAUCUUUCAAUGGAAUUGACUGAGCCAGCUACUUUUGUAAAGCUGCCUUAGUUUUUAUAUUAAAGACACAUUGUACAGCUUUUUUAAGAACAAAUCUUCCCAAGUAGUAAGAGGCCAGACUCUAGUAUUAGGUCCUCCAUUCAUUCCAGAUGACUUCCAUGCAGAAGAGCUCAUGAUCAUUAAAUGAAGUUGGUGGAGACAAGAUGGAAAGAUUGGAAUUGAUACUUCCGGUUAUUCCUCCCCAAAUGUCUGCCAUUAAAGUCAGCUGCCUUUGUCCGUCUACACCAGAAGAAAUUUACACAGAACAUGUACCCAUCUGCUGUGCAAGUACCAGAUUGGAUCUUUCUUUUGUGCAGAGCUUCUGCUUCUUGCAGUCCAGAGGAAGAAAUAUUGAAAUUGCUUUGAAAAUUGAAAUUAAACUGUGAAAGUUUAAAUGGUCCAAAUAAUGACACCAGGUUGCCUUUUAUAAUUUUCUUCCUAUGUUAUUUGUAUAGAACGUGUAUAUUCUAUAGCAUAAACUGAUGUGGGGAGGGGGGGGGCAAUGUAGCAAUAAGUUUUUGCAUGUGGGUGAAAGCAGUUCCUACACCUGUGCAAUAUUGCCCCAAGUUGUUAGAACAGGGUCCUACUGCAUGAUUCCUGGCACUGUUUUGAUCCUCAUUAUGGUAUUUACUGUAGUUUAAAUCCAGUUUGGGUGUCUGUAGGUUUUUUUUAAAAAAAGAAGCACUCUGGAUUUAGUUAUUGCUGCAUUUAUUCUUAAUGAGUUAGUAACCAUAAUGUGGAAUGUACAAGGACUACUGACUCAGUGCGUGGGUUUGGGAAUGAUAGCAGCACAGUAUUCAAAUUGAUUCUGAGGGUAAAAAUUCCAAGAGAUGGAAACAUUUUUUUUUUCCUUUUAUAAAUUUUAACAGCAGAAUUUCUGGAACCUUCCCUUCCCCCAAGUGCAGCCUCCAUAGCCUCAUGUGAGAAAGUAGCUGCAUUUGCCUACUAUGUUGGUGAGGACUACUUAUAGUUUACUUAGGAAAAAAAAAACAUUGAACCGAUUCCAAAAAGCUGAAUUGUGCAACCUUAAUAAUCAGAACAAAGCAAAUUGUUUCUCUGAGCCAUAAAUAGUAGUAAAGAUAGUGAUUCCCAAACUGUAGACUGAAGGUCUGUCAUAUGCCAUGGGAGAGAUGAAGUGUGUCUGCAAAAGGACAAACUUGCCAUAUUUGAUGUUGCUUCGUCCCCUUUGUGUGCCUAGAGAUGGAAACAAAUAUCCUUCUCAGGAUAAGGGUUCUCUCAUAAAGUUCCUGGUUCGGGUUCUCCUCCGUUUGCCAGGUACAGUCAUAAACAUAGGAAGCUGCCUCAUUUUGAAUCAGAGUACUGGUCUGUUUAAGUUAGUGGUUGUUGGAUGGGUCUUUGCCAGCCCUUCUCAGAGAUGUACAACACCUAUAUAUAUUUGCAUACAAGUGUAUGCUGGACUACUUACUAAUUACCAUUCUGUCUCAAAGCCUGAUUGACAUAGAAGAGGGCAUGAUGGCAGCAGGUCCAGUUCACUGUGGUAUUUUCUGUAGUUGAAAGGAAGAUACCUCUUCGUUACUUUAGGCACUGAUUGAAAACUAAGUAUUUAUGAACUGGACCCAGUAAAGACAGAAUACAUUGUGCUCCAGAGAGAAACCCUUGAAACAAUUUAAAAAUUUAAACAGACCAUUAAGGGGUCUAAUGGAAAUCUUCUUUAGCUUUCCUUGCCUUUGGUGUUUAUGGGAGAGAUGAUCAAACACUUCUAGUUUUUUUUUUUUAAUUAGGAAGGGAGUCAGUUGCUUCCAAAAGGAUUAAAACAAAGUUCAUAAUAUUGAAUUUAUAAAAUUAAUACAUUAUGACAUGCACAUAAACUCAAUCUUGAAUGAAAAUGAAUCAAAACAUAGCAAGUAAAUUUCUAAUGUAACAGUGGCGGUUAGCAGAUGUGCAUGCUGACUUGUUUUAAAAAGGUUUUUGCUUCUGAGAAAUUUUUUGUCACCCAUCACACUUUAUUAAAUAUAAAACGUUUGACUCUUCAAAUGUCGUAGGUGAUAGUAAAAUGUAAAAUUACAGAUAUAGCUUGGGAAAACUCAAAACUGAAAACAAGAGUGAUUUAAUAAAAAUUAAACGAGCAGUAAAGUUGUACUGCACCACAUUAUGGUCAGGUAGUUCAUAUGUCAUUUUUAAUUGGCCACGUGAGGCAACUGAAAUUGAGUAUUUGCAUAACAUCUUCUGUCCCUCUUUCUCUGCCAUAUAAUUUUAUCUGGUUCUUGAUUAGCUGUAUAGACUGGUACAGACUAUAAACAUGAUUCCAAAUACUGUGGCACUUCUGGUUUCACCAGCACCACUGAAAAUGUUAACAGGCUUUGACUUCUCUUGAAGCCAUCUAAAGUGCAUUUGUAGAGUCUAGACUAUGAUUCUCUGUAUUAUCAACAACACCUCUGUGUGAUUUCUCUGUAUUGUUUCAUAAAUGUUCAAUUCUUGUGCCUGUCUGGAAUAUGUGGAAUGUUGGUGCACCUAGUGGAGAAUUCACCUAUUCCCAGUAUGUAUUACCGUAUUUUUCGGACUAUAAAACCUAGCUUUGGGGAGGAAAAGAAAAAAAAAAUCUGCCUCUGCUUCCCAGCAAUUUGCCUCCUUACAGCAAAUAGCCUGGUCAGCUUCAGCACAGUGUGAUUUGGCACGAGCAGCUGAUUGGCGGUUGGCCUCCUGGAAUACUGCCUAUCAGCAGUUCCAGGCUACAGGGAUCACCACCACCACCUAUUAUCUCCAUGCACCCCAUUUUGGGCCUCUGUGUGUCCCGUUUUUGGCGAAAAUGGGGCACAUGGAAGCCAAAAAUGGGACUAGAGGCCAAAAACAGGGUGCGUGGAAGUCGAAAACGGAGCAUGCGGAGGCAGCAAUAGGCAGUGGCAAUCCCUGCAGCCUGGAACAGCUGAUAGGCGGUAUUCCAGGAGGCAAAUCCAACCGCCAAUCAGCUGCUCGUGCUAAAUGAGGCUGUGCUGAAGCUGACCAGGCUGUUUGCUGCAAGGAGGCAAAUUGCUGGGAGGCAGGCCGAAGGUUGGGGACGGCGGGUGGGUGGGGCUUCGGCAACAUUUGCUCUAUAAGACACACAGACAUUUCCACCUACUUGGGGGGGGGUGCGUCUUAUACACCGAAAAAUACGGUACUUUAACCCAUUGUUUCAGAAGUCCAUUAAAUUAAAACACACACCAAGAUAUCUCAACAAGCAAAAUGUACAUUCAGGUAAAAGUUGUCUACAAAACUGCCUGGUAGUGGAGACUAAGGACCGAAAGCAGUGAAAGUGCUAACCAUCUUUUGAAAAUGGGGAUGUUAAGGGUGUAUUAUAUUAAAGUUCCUUACCCAUCGCAACAGGCAAAUGUCUUUCCAAACUGACAGGGUUGAUUAGCUGGUGCUGUAUGCAUUGCUCUCAGUUUUAAGAACAAUCUCAAAACUUCAUGCCAUCCUCUUUUGUCCCAUCUUUUAUAGGGCUGUGCAGCACUUCUGAUUCAAUUUCAAAAAAUGCUUGAGAAUGCAGGGGAGAGGAACAUUGCCCUUGACUGCAACUCCUUAAAGCAGCUGUCGCCUGUAUCGUGUGACAGGUGUGAGAUUUCUUGAAAAAGAUGCAGAUGUCUUCAGGAGUGCAAAGAUGCAUUCUCCCAUGCAUUCUAUAGCACAUUUUUAGGAAGAAAGCCAUGUUAGUCUAUGGUAACAAAAACUUGGAAGAACUUUAGUAGAAACUUCUGAGAAUCACAUGUUAUUAAAAGACAUUGGCUUUCGUGAGCUGCAGUUACUUAAUCUGAUGCAUACAGUGGCUAGAUUUAAAUUAGGGUGAGGUGGUGGGAAAUUAGGGUGUUUAAAUUAGGGUUUAAAUUAGGGUGAGGUGGUGGGAAAAGGGGGAAAAACAGUUUAGGCUGAAGCUGUUUUAUCUCACAGGUAACCUGUGCAUCUGAUGAAGUGAACUGCAACUCAGAAGAGCUUAUGAGUUUUAAUAUAACGUGUUAAUCAGAAAAGGUGCUAUCAGAGCCCUUCUGAUUUUUUCAAGCACCAUUUGGAAUUGUAUUUGAAGCACUGCUGACAUCCAGUUAUAGAUUUAGCCAGGGAGGCACACACUGUGUUGCUUUGCAUGCUUCGCUUUUGCUGAAUCAAGCAUUUCUUUGCUAACUCUACAGGAGGGAGAUUCCUUGUUUGAUAAUGUCGGUCCAUAACUUUCCUAAAUUGAUUUGUUAUUUUAAUUUCAAAUAGAAAUGACAAUGCUGUUAAUAGGAAUUUGAUCUGUAUAUUUGCAUGUUGCUUGCAAAAUCUGAUUUAUUGGAAGAGGAAAGGAAAUGGAUUUAACAGCUAGCAUUGUGCUGCUCAGAUUGAUUCUGUGCAAAAUGCCAGAAAUUCUUUUUGUUCCAGUGAUGCUGAUAUACAACAGUAGACACCAACUUUUUGAUGUUUGUGUUUGCUAUUAUUCAGUGUGUCAUAAGAUCCUGUAUUUAAAUUUGACCAUAUUUUAAAUGGAAAUAAUUACCAGAAGUAUCUUUCAGCACAAACUGGCUUAUGUUGGUUGCCAACAUGGACCCAGGAUAAUGUGCCUAGAUUUCAUCUUUCUUUACUCACCAAAGCAUGAAUGAAACUUUGCUCCUGCUUCUGUACCUGGAGCACUCCAGUGUUAAAAUUAAAUCCUUCUGUAGACUUCAACCAUGGUUGGGAUUUUGGGAGUUCCAUGCAUGCACCUUAUGUUGGAAGACUCCUUUGUUCCUUACUUGGAUUGGAGCAAAUGCUGCUCCUUAGGAUACCCUAAUUUGAGGAGUGGCUUUCUCUUAGGGAUGGGUAUGUGGAAAUAAGGAGCUGCUGUAGAAAGGGGGGCUUUGAAAAGCCCAGUGCAUGAGCAGUGGCGUCUGCUGCCUUUUUGCAUCCCUUGUCCUCCCCUCUCCCCCAAUUUCUUUAAAGGCUUGGCUGGCCCAGUGCCUUGAGAUGUGUACACAUCCAUAUGUGUUAACUGAUAGCAUGGACACGCAAUGAGCUUGCUGCCAUGGCUUAAGGCGAGCAUUAUAAGCCUAAUACAUAUUUUUAAAAUUCUGUGAAUUAUAACAUAAACAGUAAAUGACACGAUAUUGGCACUGUGUGGCCCAAACCCAAGCUUUCUUUUUUCCGCAGACAUUUAUCUAUAUAGAUACCUAUAUCUAAAAACUAAAUCAAAUAAUACCCAUUUGGUUUUCCAGUUCACUGCAGGUUUUGUGCCUUGACAACCCCACUGUGAACUUAGUAAGACUCGUGGGUUUUUAAAAUCUUGAUGUAAUUUAACAUAUAUAACCUUUUUGUCUAUUAGAGGAUUUAAAAAAUAAAAUAAAAUUCCCUUUUAAAUAGUCCUGCCAAAACAUUUUUAUGAAGAAAUUCCUUUGGUUGUGGAGAAACCAGAUAUAAAUUUCUUCCCAGAGAAUUACUAAGACUUUCAAUGCUUUUAUUUUCUUUCAAUGAUUGUAAAUAUUUGAAUAUUUAUUAGAUUAGAGCAGUUCUUCUCAUCUGAGCCAAAUGUUACCUGUGUGCAAUGUUUCCUCUUUUCUUACUAUUUCAUGUAAGAUUUUUUUUUUGUAUAGCAGCAGAAAUUUCUCUAAACUUUUUUGUAAAAUUGAACUUGUUAAAUACUGUAGGUUCCCCUUUUCUUUGUAAUUAAUGCACUCUACUGUUUCAUAAUGCUGUAACUUGUAGAAAUGUUGUAUAUUUAUUUUCUGCUUAUUUAAGUUCUUGUAAAGUCUUUUUUUUUCUUUAAAUUUUACUUAGCAUAUAUGAAAAUAGUGAUUGAUCAGUUUAGAGCACUGUCUACUAGUUUGAGAUAGUUGGCGCUAUUUUAGAUAUUAACCCCCUUAUUUUCUCUCAUUGUUCUUGCUUCCUUCUCUGACUUGUUACAGCGUUCAAAUAUAAAGUGCAAGCAGAGAGUACAAUUCCAUUGUGUCAUUAGGAAAGCUCCAUACUCAAGCUUUGAAACAUUUGAAUACGUUCUUGUGGGGACUGAUGGUGGUUUUCAAAGAAUUUUUACUAGAGCAACAAGCAGUGCUCUGAAUUAGUCUUAAAAAAUUACAGACAUGAUCCAAGGACUUGCAUGGGCAUGUUGUGUUCAGUGAGAAUUCAGAUGACCCCAGCACAAAAAUCAAUGUCUCUGGAAAAUUCAUGAAAUACCAGAUGACAACCUUGUUGGUGCUUCCUGUUUCUUUCUUGAAUUGUGCUAAUAUUAAGGGCUGUUAAUACUGCAUCCCUUGACCUCAGUUUAUAUAGCACAGGAUAUGGCUGUUACCUCAUGAUCAAGAAGUACCUACAAUUUAUUCAAGAACUAUUAAAUUUUUAGCAGAAGAGUGAAAUUUUGCACCCCGGUUUAAAGACCACUAGUUAUUGUAGGACAGACCUCGUCAUCAGGUACAAACAUCAAUGUAGCACUGAUCUUGUACUGAUUAAUCACUAAUUUGUUUCAUAGAACCCAGCAUAUGUAGCAUUUUUAUUGCAGUUUCCCUGGCUUGUGUUUUGCACUGAUGAAAAUUUGACAGGGUAAUUGCCACUUUACUUGUGCAAUACUGCUGUAAAUAACUGCAGAUCUUUUUUUAAGAUGCAAUCCUUUAUGUUCUUAAUAAUGAAUUUUAUAUGAAUAAAACUUUUCAACUAC